GCCGCCUCGUCCCGCUUCAUGCCCGGUACCAUCUGGUCCUUCUCGCAGGCCCGCCGGCUGGGGCCCGGGCCGGAGACCACCCUUGUGCAGGGCCCGGGCGUAUCCUGGAUCCACCCCGACGGGGUUGGCGUGCAGAUAGACACCAUCACUCCCGAGAUACGGGCGCUCUACAACGUGCUCGCCAAGGUGAAGAGGGAGCGCGAUGAGUACAAGCGCAGGUGGGAAGAGGAGUACACAGUGCGUGUCCAGCUUCAGGACCGAGUGGCUGAGCUGCAGGAGGAGGCCCAAGAGGCUGAAGCCUGCCAGGAGGAGCUCGCUAUGAAGGUGGAGCAGCUCAAGGCAGAGCUUGUUGUCUUCAAGGGACUGAUGAGCAAUAACAUCACUGAGCUGGACACCAAGAUUCAAGAGAAGGCCAUGAAGGUGGACAUGGACAUCUGCCGGCGCAUCGACAUCACGGCCAAGCUGUGUGACGUGGCGCAGCAGCGCAACUGCGAGGACAUGAUCAAGAUGUUUCAGAAGCAGCUGUCUCUGCACUUGUCUCCCGUUAAGGUCCCAGCCUCGAUGGGGCGGAAGCGGGAACGGAAGCAGGUCAGCGACGAGGACACCUCGCUCUCAGAGAGUGAUGCCUCCCGAAAGCCGGAGGAGGAAGAGGAGGACGAGACCACAGCCAUGAGUAUCAAUGAGGAAAUGCAGAGGAUGCUAAACCAGCUGAGGGAAUAUGACUUUGAAGAUGACUGUGACAGCCUCACGUGGGAGGAGACGGAAGAAACGCUGCUCCUCUGGGAGGAUUUCUCAGGAUAUGCCAUUGCAGCUGCAGAGGUGCAGGGGGAGCAGCAGGAUGACAGCCUGGAGAAGGUGAUCAAGGACACAGAGUCAUUGUUCAAGAGCCGUGAGAAGGAGUAUCAGGAAACCAUCGACCAAAUAGAGCUGGAGCUGGCCACGGCCAAGAAUGACAUGAACCGGCACCUGCACGAGUACAUGGAAAUGUGCAGCAUGAAGCGAGGUUUGGACGUUCAGAUGGAGACCUGCCGGCGGCUCAUCACUCAGUCUGGAGACAGGAAGUCUCCUGCCUUCACCCCAGCCUCAAACAGUGAAUCGGCCCCAAACGAGGAAAGUGAGGAGUCUGAUCGUGAUCCUCCGAGCGAUGCCUCCAUCAGAUAAUUAGGGGAGGCCUGUUGCUUCAGCCCCCUUCCUGGCUGAGGGGUCUCUGAGCUGUGCCUGGGAGAGACUGAGAGGGACAUGGAA